GGUCAAUAGAAGAUAAUAUAUAAAUACCAAUUUGGUUGGGAAUUGUUUCAUUAGUUUGUGAAUAGAUUUUUUGGUACCUAGUGAGUUUUGAAAAAAAUGAAUGGGAGAGACGCUGCUGCCCGCCAACUUGAGGAGUGGCAAAAGAAAAAUGAGGAUAAAAUUGGUUAUGCAUCGAACAGUGCCGGAGUUGCAAUCGUUAAUCCGAAAACUAGUUUGACUCUUGGCGAAUAUGGGUUGAUUCCUCUGCGAGAUUGGCAAAUGGUGGAAGCCCUUAGUCAUUUCCAUAGGGAACGAAUUCCAGAAAGAAUUGUCCAUGCAAAGGGAGCUGGUGCUUUUGGAUAUUUCACUUGUACCAAAGAUCUAAGUCAGUACACAAUGUCCAAAGUGUUUGAAUCAGUGGGAAAACGAACACCAAUUGCAUCGAGAUUUUCUUCAGUGGCUGGUAAUUUGGGAUCAGCUGAUACUGUUAGAGAUCCUCGAGGUUUUUCUUUAAAAUUCUACACUGAAGAAGGCAUAUGGGACUUGGUGGGUAACAACACGCCAAUAUUCUUCAUGCGCGAUCCCAUUUUGUUUCCAAUGUUUAUUCAUAGCCAAAAAAGAAAUCCUGUUACCAAUGUGAGGGAUUGGGAUGCUUUUUGGGACUGGAUAUCGUUGAACCCGAUGAGUGUUCAUCAGGUAAUGUUUCUAUUUUCCGACCGCGGAAUACCCAGAGGACACAGACACCAACACGGUUUUGGAUCGCACACCUUUUCUCUUAUUAACAAAGAUAGAAAAUUGACUUGGUGUAAGUUUAUAUAUAAAACUGAUCAAGGAGUCGAGAACUUUGAGGACCCAGAAGAAGCUGAUAGAGUUGCCGGCAAAGAGCCAGAUUUUGCAGUCAAAGACUUGUACAAUGCAAUUGCCGAAAAAAACUAUCCUUCGUGGACUUUUUACAUUCAAGUGAUGACACCAGAACAAGCCAAGAAUCAACCGUUCAAUCCGUUCGAUAUUACGAAGGUUUGGCCCCACAAAAAUUUUCCUCUGAUUAAAGUGGGCAAGUUUGUGCUCAAUCGCAACCCUAGCAAUUACUUCGCCGAAGUGGAACAGCUGGCAUUCAGUCCUAACAACUUGACUCCUGGAAUAGGCGAUUCCCCGGACCGACUUCUACAAGGAAGAUUGUAUUCCUAUCAAGAUGCUCAUCGUUAUCGUCUUGGGGUUAAUUUCCAACAAUUACCUGUUAAUCGACCAGUAAACCCAACUAACAACUUUCAACGUGAUGGCACCAUGUGCUACUUCAACCAAGGAGGAGCCCCAAAUUACUAUCCCAACAGUUUUGGAGGACCUCAGCCCGAUCCAGAUGCCGCUACUUGGACACCACCUCCUCAACGUUUCGAAGGAUAUGAAGAUUAUUACCCUCAGAUUUACGAUGAAAACAAUUACUCGCAGCCAAGAGUUUUUUGGGAGAAAGUUUUGGAUGAUCGUGCCAAAACAAGAUUGGUCAAUAACUUAGUUGGAGCUAUUAAGCUAGCUAACAAAGGAAUCCAGGAAAAAACAGUUGAUAUGUUCAAAAAUGUGAGUGAUGACUUGGGUGCUAGAUUGAAAAGCAAACUUCUUGGAAGUACCAGAGUUGUGCAACUAUAAGCUCAAGUUAUUCAUUUAUCAAAUAUAUAAUUAUUAUUUUAUUGGAAAUAUAUAACUACUUACUGUAUCCUAACAA